AUGUCGUUUUUAGGCGAGCGAAGCGGCAUGGCACAGCUUCUAGUAGCGCAAGCGGCUCGGUCUUCCGUGCCGCUCACGCGCAUCAGUAAGCGCUAUGCCGUGCUCAAGACGGCACCUCUUCGGAGCUGCAACAAGACGCUGCUCGUGUCGCCGCAGCAGAUGCCGUUCACGGGCUUUGAAGUGCUGUUCUUAGGCACUGGCGCAGGUUCACCAGCUGUGCGACGCAAUCCGACGAGUGUUUGCGUGCGCUUGGGGCGCAGUAAUUGGAUGUUUGACUGUGCAGAAGGCAGUCUGCGGCAGAUGAUCAAGAGCUUCAUGUGUGUACCGCACACGACCAAGUUUUUCGUGACGCAUUUGCACGGAGAUCACGUCUAUGGAUUGCCAGGCAUGCUCUGUACGCUGGACAACCACAGUGCCGAGUACACAGACCCACACACAAAAACCAAGUGUCCCAGACCUAUUGACGUCUAUGGACCGCUCGGACUGUUUUCGUACUUGAAUACGGCCAUUUCCACGAGCAGCACGAGACUGACGAACCUCAGAGUUACCGUGCAUGAGUUGGUGUGUCCCGUUAUGCUGAAGAAGAUGUCGGCGCAUGAGAAGUUCAUGCGGAACGCACCACGACAUCCUAGUCUUCAGUGCAGGUGGAUUCACGCUGAUACCGAAGGUAACGGUCAUGUAUGGAAGGUGCUGGAUGAUGGCAAGUUCAUGGUACAAGCGGCUACGUUGAAGCAUACGGUUACGAGCUUCGGUUACGUCGUGGAAGAAUACCCGUUCCCUGGAAAGUUGGACAUCGAUGCGCUUCGUAAGCGAGGUCUGCCACCUGGACCGCAGUACCGUACACUAAAGUUGGGUGGUAGUGUCGAGCUGCCGAAUGGAGAAACUCUUCAUGCGUCCGAGGUAAUCGGACCAAAGGCUCGCGGACGCAAGGUGGCUAUUCUUGGCGAUUCUUCGGAUUCUUCCAGAAUGUUUGAUAUAGCACAGAACUGUGAUGUAUUGGUCCAUGAAGCAACGCUGAGUCAUCGAAUGGUCAAGCAGGCGGUGCAUCGUGGCCACUCGACAGCUCGUAUGGCAGGAUACGCGGCCAAAAAGAUGAACGCGACACUACUUGCUUUGACGCAUUUCAGCCACCGGUUCCGGCACUGGUCGGAGGAUUAUACCGCAGUUACAACACUUCAUCUGACGUUAGAGGCCCAAGAAUCGUUUGGUCGACGAGCGGUUGUACCUGCGUCCGACUUCCUCCGCAUUCCUAUUCCCCGCCCACCUCACAAAUGA